UGGGUUUCCAAGGGAAGAGCUGAGUUCUCCUGGCGCUGGGUGAAAAUAAUGACUUUUACUUGUGCUUCCUUCCUCCCCAGCCCGGGGAGCUGUGCGCCCGUCGGGUGUGAGGUGCCGCACUGAGUAAUGCCGUCCAACGUGCGGAGUGGGGAAACGCUGUUAUCAUCUGAGAUUAUUGCAGGGUGUCCCAGGGCAGCUGGAGCUGGACAGGAGCUCUGGGGAUCUCCUUGUCCAUCAGGCUCACGUGAAGGUGUCUGGAGUCCACGCUGCUGCGGGAGAGGAUGGCGGGCGGAGGCUGCAGCGUGUCGUGGAUGCUGCAGCUUCCAGUGUGUCCAGCUGCAGACCUGCCCCGAGAACCAGAGAGAUCCGGGGCUGCUGGUACGUGUGGGAUCCACCACGGGGUUUGUCCUGAAGUCCCACGGGAGAGGAGGCGAUGGAGCAACCACCAGGGAGUACACCCCGACCAGCCCCGUGAGAUGGGGACAGACAGGUUACGUGACAUGCUCGAGAUCACAUGAGCCGUCUGUGUCAGAGGAGAAACUGCAGCUGGCUCUCUCCGUUGUGAGGCUGUUCCUCCUGACUGCAAACACCACAUCCAGCCUGACCUCACCUGUGUCCUUUCUGUCCCUCCAAAUGUGCCCAGCUUCUGACUCAGAGCCAGCAAUCCCUGCAGUGUGCCCGAGGCAAGCCUGGCACCGCCACAUGAGGACCAAAACACUCCGUGCGGUGGCCAGAGAGAAUAACAGGGAAAUAUUUAAGUCUUAAAUGCUGCUGCUGCCGUGACCCAGCCCAGCAGCUCCUCUGAAGACUCACACACAGCGUGUCCCGACUCUUCGUUGUGUCGCCCGCGCAUCGGAGAAGCCCUUGCCCAGAGAGGAGCCAGUGGUGGGGUCAGUGGUGCCUUAUCCAGGGGUAAAUAGGAGCGGGCA